AUGACUGUUUUUGUCAAACCCCAGAAAAGACUUCAUAGCGAAGCAGACCUCGCAAAGUUUGUAUCGUCACCUACUCAUGAUGCUAUUUUGAACUUUAUGACUAGAUUGGCCAAGUCUGUACAUGGUCUACAGCUGACUGAUAAGAGCCUUCCAGUCAAUGAGUCUAUUCAGGGUUUGUUGGAUCUAUUGGAUGACAUUGAUAGAAUUUCAGAUAGUCAUCCAAUUGAAAAGCAUAGCACGAGUCGAUUUGGUAAGGUGGAAUUUCGGGAUUUCUGCGAUGAUUUUUCACAUCAAGCAGAUCAGCUGAUUAAGAACCACAUUCACUUGCAAGACAAUUGCAUAGUUGAGCUCAGGACUUAUUUGAUAAACUCGUUUGGUGAUAAAAUAAGAAUAGACUAUGGCUCUGGUCAUGAAUUAAACUUUCUCUGCUUUCUCUAUUGCCUAGAUUAUCUCGGAUACUUUGAAUCAAAGGAAUAUGACAAGUCUGUGGUACUUAAAGUGUUUGCCCGUUACAUAACCACAAUGCGGAAACUUCAAAUGAAGUACUGGCUUGAACCAGCUGGAUCACAUGGCGUUUGGGGAUUGGAUGACUAUCACUUUUUGCCGUUUCUGUUUGGUGCAGCUCAACUCUCUCCUCUUAAGAGACCUCGUCCCUUGAGCAUUCAUAAUCUUGACUAUGUGGCAGAGUUCAAGGAAAAAUAUUUAUAUUUUGCAUGCAUCGAUUUUAUCAACAAGACUAAAACUGGAGUCACAUCGUUACGUCAGAGUUCUCCCAUGCUUGAUGAUAUAAGUGGUGUCAAGACAUGGAAGAAGAUCGAGGAAGGAAUGGUGAAGAUGUAUGACGCUGAAGUGUUGAGCAAACUUCCCGUUGUCCAACACUUUUUCUUUGGCUCCAUACUUCCAUGUCCAGACGGUGUUGCUGCAUCUGAAGAGAAUAAUGCUGAUGGUAUUGAGGAAGACAGCUGUUGCCAUGAAGUCCAUUCCACUUGGGGGGACUGUUGUGGAAUAAAGGUUCCUAGUGCGGUAGCAGCAAGUGCCAUGGAACAAAAGGAGCAUCGUAUAUCAUUUUGUUAG